AUGAGAGGACGAGGACGAGGACGUGGAUCUUCAUCACGGGGUCGAGGAGACCAUGGCAGGGGUAGUGUCCACACAAGUGAAUCAGAAAAUGUCAAUCAAGAUUUGGUACAAGACACUGCUUUGAUUCCUAGACCACCCCAGAGUGAGAGAUCCACACGGGGUGCUGCAUCAUCCACUCCUGCUUUAGUUCACACAUUUGCUACUGCCUCAACUUCCAUAGGUUUGCCACCUAUUGCAUCUAUUCCUACAUCUGCAUCUGCUUCUGGUAGUUGUGGACCUACAGGACACAGACCAUAUAUUUCCUUGCCUUCUGAUCCGAUUGCUAGGCGGAUUACCUUGAUCUUCAAGGAAAAGUUAGUAGCAGAUGGCUUUUGUUGGAAAAAUGUACUAGAAGAGGUUAAAGAAUUCUAUUGGCAAGAAUUUAAGAAAUACUUCUUAUGGGAGAAGGCAAUAGAGCAACUUAUGAAGAUAGCUUGGAGGAAAAAAGCUGUUGAGCGGUAUCGUAGCCUUAUGUGUAGCGUAAGGAAUGGGAAGGAGAAGAGGCUAUCACUGACAGAAGGACGCGAAAGACUAGGCAGAGAUCCUCUACCUCAUGAGUUAUUGAGGCUACUCAUAAGAAGAAGGGACCGCUUUCUGACUUUGAAAGAGCAAGCAUCACAAACAGAUAAUGAUAGUAGUCAGGCAUCCCGCAUUGAUGAGGCUCAGUUAUACUUUGAGGCAGUAGGUGGAGAGAAAAAAAGAAGGGUGUACGGUCUUGGAUCACAGGCUUUAGUUUUCUUCCCAAACAAGACUUCUGCUAGUACAUCCUUCACAUCAGCUCAGCAAAAUCAGGAUCUUCAAGAUGAAAUGGCUGAUCUCAGACGCAAGCUACAGGAGCAUGAGGAUAAUGAACAAGUAUUACGUGAGCAAAAUGUGCAGAUUACCUCUGAGCUCUCACAGGUGAAGGAUUUACUUAUGCAGCUUGUGAGUCAAAGGCAAGGCAACCAGCCUUCAGCUCCCGAUGAGGGAACUUCUUCACAGCCUCCUGAUCAAGCAGAUGAAGCUAAUGAUGAAGACGAGGACGAGGACGAGAACACUACACAUUUAUAG